CCUUACGCAAAAAUUUUUUUUGACUUUAGUCGUCGGAAAAAAAAUUGGAAGACAAAACAAAACUUAAGUUAGCGAGAAGCACUUUCCAUUAUUAUCUCUCUUCCCCAACUCACAAUAAUAACAAUGUUCAAUAAUAAUACCAUAGACGCCGGAACCGUUGUCCCGACUUCAUCUGCUACAGUUCCAUCCACCAUCUUCCCCGGCACAACCAUCACUUCCAACUCCACCUUCAUAAUCAUCGGACCUCCUCCACCGUUCCCAGCACCUCCUCGCAUCAUCGACUUCACUCCUAUCAAACUAAUCUUCGCCGUCGUAGCAAUCGUCGCAGUUCCCGCCUUAGUUUACUCUCUUUUCUUCACCGCCCCAUGUUCUUCCCGCCGCCGCAACUCCUCUUCCUCCUCCCGCCACAGCAGCUCUUCCUCCGACGAAACACCUCAUGUCACCGUGGAUGUCCCACCGGCCGAGAAAGACGCCGCCACCGUCGUCGCGUCUGAUCCCGGAAAGAAACUCACGAAAGAGACUCAUUCAGAGGAGAUCGGUAACGAAUGCACCGUGUGUAAGUCGGUGCUCGCCGUCGGCGAAGAGAUCCGACAACUAAGCGCGUGUAAGCACGAGUUCCACGUGUCUUGUAUCGAGGAGUGGCUCCAAACUCGUUCCAAUUGUCCUAAUUGCAGAGCAGACGUCCCCGUUAAACCGACCGAAGCAGACGCUAACGUUAACGGUAACGUGAAUCGCAGCGGUGGCGGAAACCGCCGAGUUUCAGCGACCAAUAGAGAUGACGAUUGGCGUCGAGGUCUACCUGAUGCUUCUAGUCCAGUUUGAUUUAUUUUUUUAUUUUGUAAUUUAUUUUUUCGAUUUCAUGAUUUUAUAUUUAU